AGAACUGUUCCAGUCUGGUUAUUUUGAGUUUCUCUGUUUUUAGAAAUUCAAUUAAAUUUCACUUUAUUGUCAUUGUCAUUCAAAGAACAGCAACGAAAUGUAGGAGCAUACAGCAACAGUUCAUGGUAUAUUAACCCUGGAGAACCCACGGGUCAAAUUUGGCAAAUGUUAAUUAAUACUAAGAGAAGGGUUCUUGGGUUCUCCAGGAUUAAAGUGCACUAACACCAGGACAAAAAAAUUAAAUGUAACUAUAGUUAAUGCAACAGUGCAAAGACCAACUGGGGGGAGGGCACCCAUUAAGCCGCCUCACUGCAUAAGGGUACAGGCUGUUAUCCAGUCUGGCUUUACUGGCACCAAUAGACCUGUACCUUCUCCCUGAGGGCAGUAAAUUAAACAGAUUGUGGACUGGCUAAUGCCGAUCCUGCAAAAAGUUGUGUACUCUAAUUCAGACAGCGAGUAACAAACAUAGGACUGAUCUCUGGGAGAGUGAUCCCAAUGAUUCUGCCCGCUGUUUUUACCACUCGUUGGAGUGCUUGGUGAUGGGCCUUGAUGCAGCUGGAAUACCACACCAAGAAACCAUAUGUCAAGACACUGCUGAUGGCACAAUUGUAAAAGUUGACCAUCAGCUGUCUUGGAAUCCUUGCGUUCCUCAUCUGCCUCAGGUAGUAGAGGUGCUGUUGGGCCUUCCCUAUCACUGCAACAGUGUUAGUUCCCCAAGACAGGUCCUCGGUCACUAAUACUCCUAAAAAUUUGAACCCUCUCUACCACCCCAUUGUCAAUAGAGAGAGGAGAGUAGUUGGGUCGGCCUGAGUGUAUUAACGCCCAAGCUAAAGUCGACAGUGACAAUAGUAUGGAACUCUUGAUGUAAGUGGUGACCAACCUCUCAAAGCACUUAGCAGGAAUGGAGGUGAGUGCCACCGGUCUGUAAUCAUUUAGAUGAGUGGCAUUUGAUUGCUUGGGGACUGUAACUUUUGUGGAUGGCAGAAAAACUGUCAGUUAACUCUGCAGCACAGUCUUUCAGCACUCGACCCAGCACUCUGGAAACCAUCACAGAAAAUCUAUUGGAUUUAAUGGUUUUAACGGGAAUUUUAUUAGAUGUAAUGGAAACAAUAAUGGUCACUGUGGGUCUCUACUGGGAUGUGUUGGGUUCUAUUGUUGGGGGCAUUAAAUCCUGCUGGAGUAUGUCCCAAAAACACACUACAAAAAUAAAUCUUAAGUGUCUUCUCUCUCCAGUACAGCAGGAGGCGCUCUGCAGCUCUUUAGUCCACAGAUAAACACACUAAAGAAAGACAGAAAGCUCGUGUGUGAUGUGUUUGUGUAUCCUCAGUGUUAUUCUCUCUUGAGUGUUUUAAACAGAGUCUUGUCUCUGUGUAUUUUAGUGUUGAUGAUGGAUGUGAUGUGCUGUAAAUCAGUAGGAACUGAUCUGUCCAUGCUGGAUAUUGAUGAUUUCAUCACAGAAAUCUCUCAGCUGAAGAAAGAGGUGGCGUUACUGGAGACAAAGCUGAGGUUAAGAGGAGAUGAAGGACUGAAGAGAGAGGACUCCGAGCUCAGUCUGACUUUACUCUGUUAUACUGAGUCAAAGCACACAGACGCUCAGGACACUACAGUGUGUGACAGUAAUCAGGACUUACAGGAUGAUGAAUCUACUGAUCAAACCUCCACAGAGUCUCUGGAUUCUGUCUGUAACGCUGGAGAACAGCAGCAGAUCCUGCAGACCAAACUCAACAUGUGUUCAGUCAAACUCAUCGACUGCAAGAACCUCAUGAUGGAGACGGGAAGAGAAACCACAGAAGAGGAAGAUCACACUGAUGAUGAUGAAGACAAUCAUGACGAUGAAGAUGAGGAGGACAAUUAUGAUAACGCUGAUGAUGAUUUUAUUCCUUCAGAUGAGAAAAUUGAUUCAUGUUGUAAUGGUGAAAUACAGUCCUCAACAUCAAAAAAAGGAUGGACAGCACAAACUUUUCCUUGCACAACCGGUGGAGAGACAUUGAGCUCACAGAGACAUUUAGAGAAAUAUGAGAGAAAACACACAAAACAAGAACUGUGCACCAGAUCUGAGAUCAGCUUUACUACCUUACAAGAGAAGAAACUUCAUUCAGAAGAUCACAAAGAGACGAAGAAGCAGUUUCACUGUCAGCAGUGUGGGAAGGAUUUUGUUGUCUUAUAUCAGCUGAAACGUCACACGAGGACACACACUGAUGAAAAGUCUUUCCACUGCACUGAAUGUGGCCAUUACUUCAGCACAAAAGGACAUCUUGUUGCUCAUCAGAGAAUUCACACAGGAGAAAAACCAUACGAGUGUCCUCACUGUGAGACGAGAUUCUCACAAAAACAUCAACUGAAGGAACAUGUGCUUUUACACACCAAUGAGAGACCGUAUCAGUGCAGUGAGUGUGGGAAAACCUUUAGGCAUUCAGGUUCAUUAAAAAAACACCAGAAUACUCACUCUGAAGAGAAACUCUUUCAAUGUUCACACUGUGAUAAACAUUUUAGUUUUAAAUCUAGUCUUAAAGUCCAUGAGAGAGUUCACACUGGAGAGAAACCUCAUCACUGUAAUGUUUGUGAGAAGAGUUUUAAUCAACGUGAUGAUUUAGUGAGACAUCAGAGAACUCAUACAGGUGAAAAACCUUACAAAUGCUCUCAGUGUGAGAAGACGUUUACUCAGUCAAGUCACUUAAAAGUACACGAGAGACUUCAUACUGGAGAGAAACCUUACGUCUGCUCCAUCUGCGGGAAGAGCUUCCUUAAACAAGCUUCUUUCAGACUUCAUGAAAGAGUUCACACUGGAGAGAAACCUCAUGACCGCUCGAUCAGUGGAAAGAGCUUCUCACAUUUAUCUCAUGAGAGAGUUCACACUGGAGAGAAACCUCAUCACUGUAAUGUUUGUGGGAAGAGUUUUAAUCAACAUUACAGUUUAGUAUUACAUCAAAGAAUUCAUACAGGUGAAAAACCUUACAAAUGCUCUCAGUGUGAGAAGACGUUUGCUCGAUCAUGGAACUUAAAACUCCAUGAGAGAGUUCACACUGGAAAGAAACCUUUCGUCUGUUCUCAGUGUGGAAAAAGCUUCACUAAUCAAAUUUCUUUCAGCUAUCAUGAGAGAGUUCACACUGGAGACAAACAAACCUUACGUCUGCUCUCAAUCUGUAGAGAAAUUCGCUAAUGUAGGACUUUUAAAGACACAUCAGAAAAAAACAUUCUGAAGAAUAAACUGAUCUGUAAAAUAAGCUUUGUCACCCUUUUUACCCAAUAACUAUCAGUUUAUAUAUCAAUUAUUAUUUGUAUUUCAUUUUAUUCUUUUCAUUAAAGGAACAGUAUGGAG